GAUUCUCCGGCUCCGACAUGACCGCCCUCGCCAAGGACGCCGCCAUGGGCCCCCUCCGCAACCUCGGCGAAGCGCUGCUGCACACCCCCAUGGACCAGAUCCGGGCCAUCCGCUUCCAGGACUUCGAGGCCAGUUUGUCGUCCAUCCGACCCAGCGUGAGUCGGGAAGGGUUACAGGAGUAUGAGGAGUGGGCGAGACAGUUUGGUGAGAGGGGGGGUUAGACUUCUUCCUCUCUGGCCCCCCAACACACACACACACACACACACACACACACUCUCUCUCUCUCUCUCUCUCUCUCUCUCUCUUUUGCUUUCUCUCGUUCUUUCCUCGUGUGCUCUGUCUGGUGCGAAGAGUUAUCGUAUCUACAUAGUGUUGU